AUCAGCUAAACUGUUAAUGAGUGCUGAAAGCAGUGAAGAAGAUAUAGAUGACAUUAUUGAUGAAAUCUGUAGCGACAGCAGCUUCACCAGAACACCUGUGAAAUUGAAGUCUAACUCUGCAAGUCGCACACCUGAAAGCAAUAGUGCUGUUAUACAAGCUCACAGGAAAAGAUGCUGUCCAGUGUACCUGGGUGGAAGCUCUUCACCAAAUGGCAUAGGAACAAAUACUUCAAAAAGAACGUGUGAUCGACUACGUUGUACUGCUUGUGACUUCCAUGUGUCACUUUUCAAUGACUACAUCUGGGAUCAGUCCUGUGAUUAUCUUUUUUUCAGGAAUAACAUGCCUGAGCUCAGUAAACUAAGAGCGAAGAUGAUAAAGAAGAAAGGAGCGCGAGCAUAUGCCUGUCAGUGCAGCUGGAGAUCCAUUGAUGAAUUAACUGACCUCCAAACAGAGCAGCAGCUUCGGUGGGUUUGUGGUAAACAUGCAGAAUGA